UAUUAACAUUGAGCGGGUAGAAUUAUAAAACUGCUGCUGAAGUCGUGUGGAGUGUGUUUGUAAAUUCAGCUGUCAGACCUCGAGAGUAACUACAAAUUAUGCAGAGGAUCAGUCGCCUGAAGCGCGAGCUGCAGCUCCUCAGUGAUGAACCUCCACCCGGUGUCUCGUGCUGGCAGGUGGAGGGACGGCUGGAUGAACUACAAGCUCAGAUUGUCGGAGGUUCAAGCACUCCAUAUGAAGGUGGCGUGUUUACGCUGGAAAUCAAGAUACCAGAGAGGUAUCCAUUUGAGCCCCCGAAGAUGCGUUUCCUUACACCCAUCUAUCACCCUAACAUCGAUAAUGCAGGACGCAUUUGUCUGGACGCUCUGAAGUUUCCCCCAAAGGGAGCUUGGAGACCCUCACUCAACAUUUCAACAGUGCUGACCUCCAUACAGUUACUCAUGGCUGAACCCAACCCUGAUGACCCACUCAUGGCAGAUAUUUCUUCUGAAUUUAAAUACAACAAACCACUGUAUCUUGAGAAGGCAAAGAAAUGGACAACUGAACAUGCAAUCCAGAAAAACAAGGGAAAUCUGACAGAAGAAAAGAGCUCUCUUGAGAAUAAAAAUAAGAAAACUGCUCACAAAAGAGAAGCACUUAGUGCACAGGAGAAUUUAGAGCAAUCUAAGAAAGUAUGUAUGUAGUGUACUUUACAAUAGCUGGUAAUGAUUGUUUAUAUACAAAAAGUAUUUCUGUUCUGUUUUGUUUGUUUAUUGUUGUUAUGAAUGUAAUAAAAUGUAUUUGCA